CAUGGCCGCCAGCGGACCAACUGCUUGGUUCCAAACAUUAGUUAAUAUAAAGCCUAAAUCUCGCGGAGUUCAUAUCAUAACGGACGAAAUAGAAAGUAUACCGGAACUAAAGAAGUACAAGAUCGGACUGGCUCAUUUAUUGUUGCAACAUACAUCUGCAAGCAUAUGCGUGAAUGAAUGUUGGGAUUCCUCUGUCCGUAAGGAUAUGGAGAUGAUGCUUAAUCGUCUAGUUCCAGAAAGUGGUCCACCAUAUAAACACACUAUUGAGGGACCGGAUGAUAUGCCAGGACAUGUCAAAACAGCUCUUGUAGGACCAAGUGUAACACUUCCAAUAACAAAUGGAAAAUUGAAUCUUGGAACAUGGCAGGGAAUUUGGCUUUGUGAACAUCGGAAUCAUGCAGGGUCAAGAAAGAUUGUGGUGACUCUCCAAGGGGUGCAAUAGGGAAAAAUGUUCAACAGGCCAAGACACUUACCCUUUUCCACCAGUCCAGUCCAGAUACCUACUGACUUAACCUGUUAAAGGGUUCUUUCCCCAUAAAACUGGCAAGCAAAGAAAGUUUCAUCAAUUGAAAAAACUCCCUUUUGAGGUUCACCAAGCAGGUGGAGGUAAUUCUGAGCCAUGUUGAGAGUUCAGACAUCUUGAAGAAAUCAUAAAGUUUCCCAGAUUCUCCAAAAAUUGGACAGAUCAUAAAAUUGCCUAAUUAUUGAAGUAAUACAAAGUGAAAUUGUACAGGAUUUCAAGGGAAAGUCAGAGGUCAAAGUAUGAAAAAAAUUACUUACUAAUAGUAGGCUUCAUUUGGCAAACAACAAAGUUAUCUUCCCAAUCUUUUUCAUGUGUUCUCAAAUUGUGGCCUUUCAUAGUAAAGAAAAAAUUUUACAAAUACCUGGGAUAUGGAAAUGUUCCUAGAAUAUAUCAGACACUGCUUACAUGAGGCUACUCUUAGUAAACAAAAAUUUUUUGGAAUUUGUUUUUCUUUUAACUGCUCAGUAAAAACAUGGCUGGCUUUUGUACAGACAUUUACUUACAUGGAGCCCAACCAAAUUGAUUUACCAACACCAGAGGGUUAUAGGGCUUGCACUACCAUCCUUUCAGAUAGCUAGAUACUGAUGCACCCCUUAAAAGUACUCUUGUGUGCUUAGUUCGGUCAAAUCCAAGGUGGGGGGGGGGAGGGAGGGAGGAAGUUGGCAUAUUUUCAGCAUUUAACUGCUUGAAGGACAAUCCCCACCCCAGGACCAAAAAAAUUAGCAAUAUCAGAUCGUUGAUUCUUUCACCUUGAGCAAACGAUAUCCCUGUUAGCAUGGGAGUUGUUUCAUCUUUUGUCGGAGUAAUGGAUAUAAAUUAUGACGAUACAGUGAAACCUCUAUUACGCGGACACCCUCGAGAUCUAUACAAGUGUCCGCUUAAAUAGAGGUUUGUAAAAAUUAUGCAAUGUUUGUUAACGAUUAGCAUUCGACGGUUACUCUAUACUUGUCUGUUAUAAGUUCCAUGCUGUUAACGAAGCUAUCCUGUGAUCAAGUCCAAUAUCUUUCAUUACCUACUUUGUUGGUAAUAAUGCAAAAAGAUAACAGCAACGAUUGACUCUUUUGGAUUAAAUACAUGUAAUCGACUAUUUCAAGGACGCGAUCCCAUACACUUGUCAAUUCAGUCCGGUGUCCGCUUAACAAAGGUUUUUAACAAUAGAAAUCAGCUAAAUACAACUGAUUUUAGUGUG